UUGAGUCACAUCUCCCCGCCCAGUCUGCUUUUCCCUUUUGACAUCAGCAGCCCGCAAGUCUUCAGCUUCAUACAUUGGAGAGGACAUAUCUCAUCAGAGUUAUCAAGAGGACUUUAACGGCAUUUUUCUUUUGGAUUUUGCGGGAUAGAAACAUAUCAACACAGAAGGCAUGAUUUCCAAACUCAGCCGUGGCCUGAGGCGUGCCACCCCUCUCCUCUGUCGCAGUGUCCACUCCGGUACGCGUCCCGCUUCCACCGCUGCCUUCAAAUUGAAGACUGACCGCCGACUCACCUCCGAGGAGGUCUACGCCCGUGAAGACAAGUAUGGAGCUCACAACUACCAUCCGCUUCCUGUGGCCUUGGAGAGAGGAGAGGGCCUGUAUGUGUGGGAUGUGGAUGGCAACAGAUACUAUGAUUUCCUGAGUGCCUACAGUGCAGUGAAUCAGGGCCACUGCCACCCAAAGAUCAUUGCUGCGCUCAACGCCCAGGCAUCCAAGCUCACCCUGACCUCCAGAGCAUUUUUUAACGACGUGCUGGGAGUCUACGAGGAGUACGUCACAAAACUGUUUGGCUAUGACAAAGUCUUGCCCAUGAACACCGGUGUUGAAGGUGGUGAAACUGCCUGCAAGCUAGCCCGCAAGUGGGCUUAUAAUGUAAAGGGUGUUCCCAAAAACCAGGCCAAAAUCAUUUUUGCAGAGGGGAACUUCUGGGGCCGAACCAUGGCAGCCAUCUCCAGCUCCACUGACCCCAGCAGUUACGAAGGUUUCGGUCCCUACAUGCCAGGCUUUGAGCUCGUCCCAUACAAUGACGUUCCUGCACUCGAGAAAGCCCUUCAGGAUCCAAAUGUUGCAGCCUUCAUGGUGGAGCCCAUCCAGGGGGAGGCUGGCGUGGUGGUGCCUGACCACGGCUACCUGACCAAGAUCAGAGAACUUUGCACCAAACACAAUGUGCUGUGGAUUGCAGACGAGGUGCAGACAGGUUUGGCGCGUACCGGCCGGCGGCUGGCUGUGGACCACGAGGAGGUUCGUCCAGAUGUGGUGAUCCUGGGCAAGGCUCUCUCUGGUGGAGUUUACCCUGUAUCUGCUGUGCUGUGUGAUGAUGAGGUGAUGCUGACCAUCAAGCCUGGAGAGCACGGCUCCACAUAUGGAGGCAACCCCCUGGCCUGUCGCGUCGCUGUCGCUGCACUUGAGGUCUUGGAGGAGGAGAAGCUGGCAGAGAACGCUGACAGGAUGGGGAAGCUGCUACGGGACGAGCUGAGAAAGCUUCCCAAAGACAUCGUCACCACAGUCAGAGGGAAAGGCCUGCUCAAUGCCAUCGUCAUCAAGGAGACUAAAGAUUAUGAUGCCUGGAAAGUGUGCUUACGUCUCCGUGACAACGGAUUGCUGGCCAAACCCACCCAUGGUGACAUCAUCCGCCUGGCCCCUCCCCUCAUCAUCAAAGAGCAUGAGGUGCAAGAGUGUGUUGAUAUCAUCCAGAAGACCAUCUUGUCCUUCUAAAUAAGACCACCUGCUCUUCAGGCAUGCAUGGACAACAUUUUGAUCUGAUUAGUACAUUUUCAAAAUGCGUUAAGCUGUCGAAAGGUUACUCUAAACAUUUACCAAUACCAGUUAUCCUCUUUGAAAAUUUCCUGUGAUACUCUGAGGAGCUUUACUGUAGAGAUACUGUACAUUAGGUUUCCAUGAUGACACUGUUUUGUACACUGCUGCAUCAUUACUUUAGAAAUGGUGCAAAUUGUUCAUCUUGAACAUGUUUUCUCUUAAGGGAGAUGGUUCUCAUAGACUGGCUCGGAAAAAGAGUACAACACAUGGUUGUUGUAACCCUCACUGAUUUUUUAUUUUAAUUGAUGUUAUUUUAGGUAAUUUUAUGCUAAAAGGGGAUCAAAGGCGAUCAGCACAACAGCAAAUAAUGCAAUCCAAAUUUACAACUUUUUACUUGAUUAUUUUUUUUUCUUUACAAGCAUACAUUCUCAACAAGCAUACAGUUAAAUUUUCCUGACCUUUAUGCGGGCGUACAUUUUGCAUUAACAACUUGAAAAUGGUACUGAUAGAAAUAGAAUUUGCUGAUAUGUUAAAUCCUGACUUAAGGUAACGCCCCCUAAACACUAUAUAAGGGCAACCAUUGUGCCAUGUGCAAAAUACCCCGUAUGAUGGAGACUCCAGGAAAACAAGGCCGUAGGGAGAAGGAGAACUUCAGCAGCUGAAAGCAAAGUUGAUUGUGAUUAUGUGGUUUGUGAGUGCAGAGCCAAGUCAAGUUUCCCUCCUUGGGACAAUAAGGUUCUCAGCUGAGCUGAACUGAGGUGUAAAUGAACUUAAAAAAGUGAUUUUCCAGAGUGUCAGUACUGUUGUUACAGGAAGGUCAAAAAGUCAACAAUGGCAAAAAAAAAAAAAAAAAAAAAUCUGUGGUUCAGUAUGGAGACCAAAACACACACUAUCAAGUCGAGCGCUCCAUAGUGACAACUGCAGGACAGGACAGUUUCUGACGCCCUGACACCGACAGGGAUGAAGUUCUACUGUUAAAAUUCAUUUACACAUAGAACUAUUUUAAAUACAUGACUUGUUCACAGGCAUUCUGCUGUAACUUACGUGAACAGUCAGAUGUCUGCAGUCAGAUAUUCUUAUUUUAAUAAUUCUUAUUUUAAUAAUCAAAUCCCUAUUCUUACUCUAAAACAUAGAGUAAUCUCAGUUUGAGUAUGCAUUGAUAUUAAAUUAAUGCAUUUUUUAUGUUCUUCAGUUGUAUAAUGUAUGCUUCCAUGUGUUGGACAACUAAUUUGUGGGCCUUGAAAAUUCUUUUUUAUCUUGGUAAGAGCACUCUUGACCACUAGUAAAAAUUACUCUUGCCUAAGAGCAAAGCCAAAGUGAGAAAACAAUGGAGAACAGUAAGAGCAAUUUGUGGAUAUGAGGAAAGAUAAAACAAAAUAUGUUUGUACAUCACUUCCUGCAUGUGGUCCAAUGAGUUGUGUUCCUUUGAAAGUCAAAGUCUUGAAAAGUUUAGGGAAUCACACAAAAAGCUGUUAAGACACCUAUAUUUACUGUCCCAGAAACACAUGGGACCAGACAUUUUAUAUCAUUAUUCACCCAUCUCACAUUUUGUGAUAUUUGUUGCUGUGAAAGAUGCAUUGCUGCAGUGGUAACCCUGAUUGCAGACUUUGGCUUUUUGUUGAAUCCAGAGUUUAAGUACUUCCAGUGAAAUGAAUAGUAGAGAUAAAUCUCUGCUUUUUGUACUGAACAAUUUGGGAUAUAUUAUUUCUGCAAGGGGGUUAUCAGAAAAGACAAGCAUUGAUGUUAGGAGAACAUGUUUAAGUCUUGUUUGGCUUUGAUUAUCUGAACAGUGUUUCAUGGACAUUUCUGAGGAAUGUUUAUCUGUUUAAAAUCCUAACAAUUACAGCUGUAUUUAAUUUGUUCAUUGUUCUUUUAAUAAAAGAUUGCAGUCUUACUUUG